AUGAAUGAUAGUAGUGGCAGCAGCACUAGUAGAAGAAAUAAUAAUAAUCAUAAUAGCAUAUUAAACAAACUAGCACCCAUUGAAUUAUUAAAAGAGGUAAAUAUCAGUAAUAAUGAAAUAUUAAAACGAAAAACAAUCCAUAUAGACGAUAGUUGUGAUCGAGAAGAUUCGAAUUGGAUAAUCUAUGAAAAUGGAUUCGCACAAGAAGAUGAAGAAAUUGACAGUGAUGAGAUUAAAAGACGAUAUCACGAAGGAUAUCAAACUUUUGAAAAUGAUACACAGAUCAAUAAUGUGAAUAGUUUUGGAUAUUGGAAAGUGAGUAGUUUUAAAGAAGGAUAUGGGAUUGAGAAUCUUUGGCACGAAAACAAUAGCAAGGAUUCGUUCGAUCGAUAUUGGCAAAGUGACGAUAAUCAACCGCAUUUCAUUAAGAUUUUUUUCAACAAGACUAUUCAAUUGAAACAAAUCUCGAUAUUUCUAUCGACUAUAGUGGAUGAAUCCUAUACACCCAAGAUCAUCAAAGUGUAUGUUGGCUUCCAUGAAAACGAUUAUAUAUUAUACAAGAAUCUUGUAGUGGAUCAAAUUAAUGGAUGGGUAUCAUUAAGGAUGAUCAAUGGUGACAUACAGGCGGGGAAUCCGAUUAAAUGCCAAUUUAUAAAGAUUGUAUUCCCAUUGAACCAUGAAAAUGGGAAAGAUACGCAUAUCAGAAGUAUAAAAGUCUUUGCACCCAGAGUGAGUGAAGGAGUGGUGGAAGUAAGAGAGAGGACCAAGAUCGAGGAUAUUACCGGGGGUUACUUGCGCUAG